AUGCAUUACAUAAGAUUUUGUCGACCGCCCGAGGUCCAGGCAGGCAAACCCCACGCCACUGUCAAGGUCAUACUUGCCAUCACCACCGACCUGAGCGACUUCUUCCUCUCUCCGCGCAACCCCAUCCAACUCGUUGUUAUUGGUGCAUACACUGAGCACAAGGAUGGGAAGGAUCAACUCGUCCCAGUGGUUUUGACCCAGGGAAAUCCACCUUCAUGGCGCGCCGGGAUGAGAGUGCUCAAGCUGGACCUGCCACUGCCACCGCAACCGAUCGAGACCAUUCAGAUACGGCCCCUAGACCGGCAGCUCACGGCGAUGGGGACCGGUGAUGUUCUUCCCGGGAAACAAGGUCUGAUCAUGGCGGUUUAUGCGGAUAUGCCGCGGCCGGGAGAUGGACGUGCGCCUUCAGUGUGUUUCCGGAGCCUGCGACUGUCCGCUGGAGAUGCCGCCGCUGCUGGAAUUGCUGGUCAACCGCUGCAGAUUGAAGAGGAUCUGGGCGAGAGCAUUGCGCGCCAUAUUUGGGAUUCGGGUAUCGUCAUGGUCUCUCUCCUUGCGGAUAUGUGCUUGGAUGACACAGUCAGUGCCAAAGAAAGCCCGCUGCCCCUCUUUCGCAGCAUCCUCCAAACACCAAGCCACCCGCUUAGGAUUCUAGAGCUUGGAUGUGGCGUCGGAGUCAUGGGUAUCGGUUUGGCGCGCAUCACGUCAUUGAAGCGGGGAGGCAAUGCACCGCAUAUUCUCAUCACAGACCUUUCCGAGGCAGAGGAGAAGGCACGAGCGAAUAUGGCCCGUCAGGCAGGCAAACUCGGCAACUCGCCAGCGAGACUCGAUUUUGAAGCCUUGGACUGGGAAGACGGGAAGAACGGUGUCUUUGGCGAAAAGGCUCGCUUCUGGCCCAUGGGAUCUUGUCGUUUUGUGUGA